AUGGGAGAAAUAAAGAAAUUACUAUUAUUAAUAUUAAACGGAUAUAAAGAAACGAUAGCAUUAAGAGAUGUGCAGCUUAUUGCCCCAUCGGCUGUGAAGCUUGGUGACACAGUGCUGCUGGGUUGCAAAUGGACUUUAGAGGGCAAUGAAACUCUCUACAGUGUCAAGUGGUAUAGAGGGCGACAGGAGUUCUUUAGCUAUCUGCCCAAAGAAUAUCCGUUCACGAGAAUCUUCGCGCAACCUGGAAUUGAUGUUGAUGUAAGUUUAAAUGGUUUCUUCUUUUCUUUAGUUUUAAUCAGAAGCUUUUUAAUUAAAUUCGACGAUAUGCUGUUUCACAAUUUACAUUUGAAACCUCUGCCGUGGCCGUCCACCAACCUGAUGGACUGA